AUGUUAUUGGUACUUUGUUGGGGCGGUGAGAGCGCCGAUGGUGUCGCACGAGCACUGAACUGCAGGGGUCAAGAUCUGCAGACUGUAGCCGAGAUACACUUCAGUACCUGUGUCAAGAGCGGAUGUUCUUCAGCUGGUGGAUACUCAACAGAUGUAGCAAUGGCUAUCGGGUUGUACGACGGAUACUGUAACGAAAUGGGAUAUAUCGCCAUACGAACCACUCCGGAGAGUAAGGCUACGACAACGACCGCGGCCACCGGCACCUCGAGUAGAACUAGUUCUCCGACGAGCAGCAGUCCAGCAACGACGAGCAGCAGUCCGGUGACUAAGACUGCUUCUUCUACGUCAAGUAUUACGCCGAUUUUUACAGUCAUAAUUCCCACAGGACGAGACUCGACAACAUCUGCUCAGGACACUAACCUUCCGAGGGUGGUUACGGUAACAAAAGUCUUGGUUAGAAACGGCAACCAGCUUAACCACUGCGGUCUGUUCAUCAGGAUGGUAUCCAUAUUCGUGAUAAUAAUACUAUUCUAAAUGUACCAGCAUUUUCUUUGACAGACUAUACAGCAAAUCAGCAGCGGAAAUUGGAAUAUGGCCGGUCGUUUCUACGUUUACAGGAGCCUCUA